UCAAUGACGAGACAAUUGUUCUUCACGUGGUCUCCACCGUGGCGAAUGGAGUGGGCAGCCAGUGUAUAAAUUAAACCAGCGCCAGCCUCAUCUGUAGUUCUACCACCUGUUUUUCUUUCAGCCUUCACGACCGGUUAUCAACAAGGACCCAAUCAUGAACGGUCACUCCAAUGGAAAGAUCAGCAACACUGUUGAAGACUACAACAGAAACGAAAAAAAGUGCUUCGGCGACCUCGCCGUAGAAAUGAAAAAGUCUGCGGUAAUCUGCGAACAAGAGUUUUCUCGCAAAAAGACAGAAGACGAGUCCAGGUUGCCAGCCAUCGAGGCGGCGUACUCGAUCAUCCUACGUGAACUGGGAGAGGACACCGAUCGCCAGGGCUUAUUGCGCACACCUUUACGCGCCGCCAAAGCCAUGCAGUUCCUUACCAAGGGCUACCAUGAGAAUGUUAACGAUAUCCUGAAUGAUGCCAUAUUUGACGAAGACCACGACGAGAUGGUGAUUGUGAAGGACAUCGACAUGUUCUCACUGUGUGAACACCACCUGGUGCCCUUCUUCGGAAAAGUUCAUAUAGGCUACCUGCCAAACCAAAAAGUUGUGGGACUAAGCAAGCUGGCAAGGAUCGUGGAGAUCUUCAGUCGGAGACUUCAAGUACAGGAGCGUCUGACCAAGCAGAUCGCCACGGCCGUUUCAGAGGCCCUGCAGCCGAAGGGGGUCGCUGUGGUCAUCGAGGCUGCGCACAUGUGUAUGGUGAUGCGUGGAGUGCAGAAGAUCAACACCCGAACAGUGACCAGCACCAUGCUGGGUCUGUGCAGGGAAGACCCAAAGACCCGGGAAGAGUUCCUCUCCCUCACCAUGCGCUAGAGCUGAUGUAACUCCUCCCCCCACACACCCACCCAGCCCCCCAUAACAGAAACACACAUGCACCCACAAGCCUUCGAUCCACAGCUGAUGGGAGAUGGACCAGAUCAAUGUUGUAAAUAAGAAACUGUUCUUAAUGUUUUAUCUGGAAAAAUAAAGGUAAAAAAAGAAGAAGAAAAAGAUGCAUGUGGAUCAACGGUCCUGAACACCACUUUUACUCCAUUGAGCCAAUUCUUGGAAAUAAAGUGUUAUGGCUCAUUUAGGGGGUUCAUGUCAGGUCGAUCGGUAUUCACGAUGGUACGCCGGACAUCCACAGUACAAGAACGCAAUAUUUAUAACGUUAUGCAUGUUGGGUCCAUAUUUACCCAAGAGAGUUUACACUCAUUUGAAAGACGUCUGCCUGGUUUUGGUUCCACUGGUGCUAUUUUCUUCAAACUGGGAACCUAAAUCCUACCAUCGGUGCCUUGAAUCCUACCCUUGCUAACUUGAAUCCUACCCUUGCUAACUUGAAUCUACCCUUUCUAACUUGAAUCCUACCCUUGCUAACUUGAAUCCUACCCUUGCAAACUUGAAUCCUACCCUUGCUAACUUGAAUCCUACCCUUGCUAACUUGAAUCCUACCCUUGCUAACUUGAAUCCUGCCCUUGCUAACUUGAAUCCUACCCUUGCUGCCUGAAUUUCAUGGAUAUAUUCUGCAUUCGAAGUAUCAGAAUUGAUCAUAUAGAUAUAUAUUAUAGCAUUGUAAUUUUAGUAGGGUUGGUCUGGGGAAAUAUUUACAUACUUGUUUUCAGGUUAAUUAUUAAAAAUAUACUUGUUAAUGUGUAUGGUUACAAAGGCCAUUUGUCAAAAAUAAGAUCCAUGUUGUGAUGUUGCAGUAUUUAGCAUUUUUAAGUUUAUCAGAUGUCCAGUAUCAUGAGCUAUUUUAAUGUUUGUUGGUUCUUUAACCAAAUAAAAAUGUAUUAAUAUAAAGUGUCUGCUCUAUAGGAAAGUC